AUGAGUAACUGUGAUGAACACAUUAAAAACCUGCGUGAACAAAUAGAUUCUCCAUGCAACAAAAUCUGUGCUGACUGCCAUCAUACUGUAACUAAAUACGCCUCUUUAUCUUAUGGAGUUUUUCUUUGUGAACUAUGUGGUGUUUCGCAUCAAACACUGAAUGGAAACAUAAAACGGAUUUCUACAGAUGAAGAAAAUAGUCUCAUUUGGUCAGAUGAUAGUGUGUCGCGUCUGAAGAAGUUUGGAGGGAACAAAGCUAUUAACCAAAAUCUAGAAGCAUCACUACCAGUGUAUUUCCGUCGUCCAUGGCCCGGUGUUGAAUGUCCUAUUUUUUUAAGAGAGGCGUUCAUAAAAUCAAAAUAUAUUCAUGAAGAGUUUACCAGCGAUGCUAUAGCAAGAGGGGCUCAAAGUCAAUUUGCGUGUUCUUUUAAGUCAGGUGUACUAUUGAAAAAGUUGCGUGACUCCACUACAUUUUGUGAGCGCUUUUUUGAACUGUCCGUUGAAGGCAAUUAUUUCCGUUAUUACAUUAAACCGUCCGACUCACAACCUAAACAAUCACUGGAUCUAGAAAGACUUAAUUUUACAUUCAUCCCAUCUAAGGAUUAUGGUCUCCCACCACAUACUGCACUCAUUCAGUUCGUUCAAGACUGCUCAACAAGACACAUGUUUAUACGAUCCGAAGAUAGUAGAACCAUAAUCAAUUGGUACAAUGCAAUACGUUUAGGCAAGUAUCACCGUCUAUGCCUUGGUCUCAGUGGUAUGGGUGUAACACUGUCACCAUCUGAACUGAGUAAAAGGCUAACUAGAGACGUAGAUAUGGCUGGUUGGCUCUCUAAAACGGGACCACGCAAGAACGAUGCCUGGCGUCGCCGGUGGUGCAUGAUUUUGAAUCGUCAUUUCUUAUAUACCGAUAACCCAUUAAGCCCAUUCGCCAAAGGAGAGUUAUUUAUUGGUUCCAACAAAGAAGGCUACUCUGUAACAAAUACCACUCCCGAUGGUUGGAACCGUCAUAAUGGGUACCCAUUAACUAUUCACACGUCAACACGUCCUUUCGUAUUUGUUGCUGACAAAAAAGAAGAACAGGAAAAAUGGUUAGAAAUUAUUCAAAGGAUUAUGAAUAUACCACUGACACUUGCAGAACACAAACAGGCAGCUAUGGUGACUAAAAAGCGUACUAAUGCGUUAGACUUCCUCAAAACUUCUUAA